AUGGCGCUCCUGUUCAUUCUACUCUCGUUUCUGGUCUCUGUACUUAUUUCUAUCGCCCUCCUACCAAAGAUCCUACGCGCACUCGCACAGUUCUUGGGCCAACACCUCCGCCGAAACUCCCACACGAGACGCGAAUUGCUCCUGGCCAGAGUCACAAAUGAGGUUAGGAGGCACAAGGCAGAAGACGAGGAUCAAAAUGGUGAACAUGACGAAUGGGAGCAAGUGGGAACAACGGAACCUGGCUCGGUGGACAACAGAAAAGUAAACAACGACUGGGAUGGCAUCGUCGGCUUCUUUCACCCGUUCUGCAAUGCGGGUGGCGGAGGUGAACGCGUCCUAUGGGCCGCCAUUCGAGCGACUCAGAAACGUUGGCCGAAAGCCAUAUGCGUAGUCUACACAGGCGACCACGACGUUGACAAGACCACCAUACUCAAGCGUGUGAAAGAUCGCUUCAACAUCCAUCUUUAUCCACCGACCGUCCACUUCCUCUACCUCUCCACACGCAACUGGGUGCUGGCAAGCACAUGGCCACGCUUCACCCUCUUGGGACAGUCUCUGGGCUCUCUGGUCCUCGCCUUUGAUGCGUUCACACUGCUCGUACCAGACAUAUUCAUUGACACAAUGGGCUACGCAUUCGCCCUCGGUCUUUCAUCUGUACUCUUCCCCACCGUGCCAACAGGUGCUUAUGUUCACUACCCCACAAUCUCGACCGAUAUGCUCGACUCACUGCAAGUUGGUGGUCAAGGCGUCAACGCAGGAACAGGAGUUGGACACCGAGGCGCAGCCAAGAAAAAGUACUGGCAGUUAUUCGCGCAACUGUACAGCAGGGUGGGCAGUUCUAUUGAUGUGGUCAUGACCAAUUCUACAUGGACGCAAGGCCACAUCAAAUUGCUCUGGGAACCCUACCGUAACGGCAAAGCAAAGGAAAUUAGUGUCGUUUUCCCACCCGUCGCAGUCGAAGAAGUUGCAGAAGCUGUCCAGGUCUCUGAAGAUAGCGAGAAGAAGCGUGGUCCUUACUUGCUGUACAUUGCGCAGUUCAGACCAGAGAAGAACCAUACUUUGAUCCUGAAAGCAUUCGCGUCCUUCUUGCAGUCAAAUGCCAAACUUCCCGCUUACCCUAACGCGGCACCGAAGCUUGUAUUGAUCGGCUCCGUGCGUGGCUCCCACGAUGAUGCCAAACGUGUGUAUGAGCUACGACUACUGGCAUACGAAUUGCACAUCAAAGAUGACGUAGAAUUCAUAUGCGAUGCCCCUUGGCCGCUCAUGUUGGAGUGGAUGCGCAAAGCUAGUGUAGGCGUAAACGGCAUGUGGAACGAGCAUUUCGGCAUCGGAGUUGUAGAGUACCAAGCGGCAGGCCUCAUAUCUGUGGUCAAUAACUCUGGUGGACCGAAGUUGGAUAUUGUAGUGGACGUGGAAGGGAAACCUACCGGUGAGUUGCUACCCCUGAAUUGUCUCACUCCGAAUGAUGUAUUAACAGUACAAGGCUUUCAUGCAAGCACAGAAGAUGAGUAUGCAGAGGGCUUCCGCAAGGCUUUGACACUGUCGCCGGAGGAGACGUUGGCGAUGAGGCAUCGGGCACGGAAGUCUGCUGAGCGAUUCACAGACCGAGGCUUUGCGGAGAGUUGGUUGAAAAAUAUGGAGGUGUUAGUUGCACUGCAGAUACAACAAGCGAGGAAAUGA